GUAAGGCUAGUCACAGCUGUUGCAAGGAUACUUAAAUCUCUUCUUCCUUUCGCUCACAUCUCCUUUCCUUUCUCAUUCUCCUCAUCCACAUAUUUUGAUUUAUGACUCACCUUGUUCUUCAGUUCCCUUGAACCAAAUCCAUUAUCACUUUUCCAUUAUCGCUGUUCACCUUGAGUGCAUUCUUGUUGGCGCACCAGUUUGAUCGUCCGUAAACAAUUAAGGCUCAGUUACCCCCCCAUUUCAUCAUGGCGCAGGCAAAGAAAACCCCUUCCCCCUCGUGUGCUACCUCUCCUUCUCCAUCUCGUUCACAGAAUGGAGACCAGCCACGGACUCCUCCCAAUAAGAAGGGGAAGGCAGUCGUGAACUCUUCUCCUGAGAGCCAGGGGUCCUCCAAAUCCCCUCAGCGGCAGAGGGCAUCUCCCAAAAAGAAAAAGAAGAAGACCGCACGGUCCGCGCCGCAAGAGAUUGAGACUGAACCAACGAAAGGGAUUGAAGCGGUCGUUGGACCGAAGAAGUCCGUUAGCCCGGCUUCGCGGAAGCAUGGAGAGGCCUCCCAGGCCAAAAGGGCAAAGGGUGCAGCAAGCCCCGGAAGAGCCCCAGGGGCCCAAGUGCCGACCACUUCGCCUGCAUCUGCCACACCGCAGAGCAGCAAGUCUUCCUCUUCCUUGACAGAGGAAGAGCUUGACAAGAUCUACCCUGGCGCGAAGAAGGACAGGGAAUCUGAGGCGUCCAAGGUCGGGCGUAUCCUCUUCGAAGCCUUCGACGAGGUUGGGAAGACUGGAGGAUCACGAGGCCUGGAAGCGAGUCGUUGGGCUCCCGGUGCAUCGGAGUCCUCUUCUCCCUCCGCAGACGAAAAAGAUCGAACCAAAAACAGGCAACGCAAGAAGAGUCGCUCGCGUGGCAGAAGCAAGAAGAAAGUUUUUUCCAAGAGCUCUCCUUCUCCAUCAAACGAUACCCCCUCCCAUGCGAACAACAAACUGCCCGCUAAGAGCGCGAAGAUCAUGGCUCCAGCACACACAGUUGCUCCGAUUCUGGACACCCCGGAGUCAAAGGCAACAGAGAAGGACGCGGCACAUGUGGCUCAGGUUCUUUUUGACGCAUUCGACGAACUUAGCAAAGACUCCCCGCGCCCCGGCCUUGAGGCCAGCCGAUGGGCCAUCAUCCCUACAGGGAAAACUCCCGUUCGAAAGGAAAGCAAGCCUGUGAACAAAACCCCAGCCGUCAGUAAGGAUGAACAGACUGUGAAGAAAGUGGUGUCUACGAAUGUUACCAAUCUCAACAACACAUCGGCCUUCAUGGCUGCAGUUCGAGGUCGCUCCACCCAAGCUGCCAAAGGCGCAUCUGAAUCCGUUGGAAAUAGUAAGUGUCUUCCCGACUAUGUCUCUUCGAUGGCAUGUCCUGACGGGUUUUCAGUGGUUUCUGCAAGUAAACCAGAAGCUCCUUUGGAGGUUCAGCUUCAAAAGUCUCCAGAGCAUAAAUCUGAUGUUGCAAGCCAAAGCCCAACUUCAGUUAAAAAAACGCUCCUCACCUCAACUAACUCCCCAGCCCCCGUUACGUCUUCGAAAGGUCCGACGACAGGUAAAGAAGACCGUGAACACCUUAGCUUCUCCAGCAGUGGGGCAACUCCGUCACCAAGAUCAAGACCACGUGUUGAGCUUCGACGCGUUAUCCUGUCUCCAAUCCCAGAAUCCUUCGCAUCCCCAAGCAAGGUCUUUUCACUCAUUCAUGGCGGUCGUAUCGAAUCCGUAAGAUAUUUCCCGCAGUCAAAGUCUGCACAUGUUCUUUUCUGUGAUCCUGCAGCUUGCCAGAGGUACUACGACAAGUAUCCGAAUGGAAUCGAGGUCAACGUGAGUGGCCGCAAGGCUAUAAUUUUUGUGGACUGGCAUAAGGAGGUGGACAUUGUUAGCUCCCGCCUUAGAGAAUCCUUGCGCCUGGGGGCUACGCGUGUCGUACGUGCUGUCGGUGCCGAUUUGGCUCUGAACAUGAAGGAGCUGGCGGAUCUCCCCGAGAGACUGAAUUUCAAAUUGGAAAAGGUCAUUGAUGUGUUUGAUGCUUCAAGCAGAGUUCGAGCCGUCACAUUCCGUCUCUCCUCUAUUGAAAAUGCUGUCCGCCUGCGCUCCUAUCUAAUCCGCCAGGAUGACUGGCAGCAAGCAAAUGUGCAGUUUGGUGUUGACCCUUGCGAACUCGCAAGAGGAAUCCACUGGGACUAA